GAGAGCGACCUGUCGGAGGAAAGUGAGAGUUCAGCAGGAGAAGAGAGCAGCAGCGCUCACUCAACCCCCACCCACCACCUACCCCACCAGAUCCCUCCCCCUUACUACGUCAACUAUCCCUUCUACCCCAACAUGCAGAACACUAAGAUUACCAACCCUAUCCAUCAGAUGAACAUGAUAGCGCAGCAGUACCACGCGCAGAACAGACACCACCUUUUCCAGCAGCACAUGAUGCACCCCCAGCAUAAGCAGCGCGGUCGGAAAUCUUCUCACACGAACAGAAGUGCUCCACAAUCGCCCUCCAAGAUGAGACUUCAUAAUCAAGCCAUCGACGCGAACACUGCUUCUCUCUUGCGGCACCAUCAUUUGACACAACAGCAGAAAGCUACCGGUCAGAAGGUUCCAGGGCAGGCGGCUCCAGUAAGAUAUAAAACACCUGAACCUGUUGCACCUGCUUCAUUUAGGGGCAUGUUGGAAUCAGACGAAGUCGCAGCAGCAGGGAGCCCAGCUAAAUGUGAAAAAUCUGACGGUCAGCAACCACAGGCAUACCUUUCUGUGAUGAAGCUGGACAAAAACAAGGGUCAGGGUCCCAUGAUAGAAAGUUAUCCUGUUCAUGGUUCUUUUAAAUCAACUGUCCCCAGGGCUCCUAAAUUAGCUUCACCUAAAGGUUCACAGCCAGGUAGCCCGGGCUCUGCAGUUUCAAAGAAAACAUCAGCUCCAAGCCCCAGUCAGGGAGCGGCACCUCAACAAAUCAUAGCUAAACCUCACUUUAACCCAGUCACCCCAGCACAGAUACAGAAAGUGUCCAACCCUGCCCGUUUACCACCCGGUUAUGACAUGCAGCAGCAGAUUUACAGGUACCCCCAACCCAUGGGAACCUACCCUCAUCCUGGUAACAAUCCUGCAAUGUUUAAACCUGUUAGUGUUCCUGCACCUGUACCUAAUACUGAGGAAAAGGGUGGUCAAAUCGUUCAGCCAACUCCCAUUAUGUCACCUAAACCUGUACCUGUUUCCGGUCAAGCUCCUGAUCUUAAACCUGAUGAUUCUAUAAGUGCAGGCAAUUCAAGAUCACCUGACUUCAGAUGAUCUGUGGAUGGCAGAUGACACUAAUUUCGAUGGUAACUUUGAUAUUUCAGACCUUGCAAAUUAUCUUGAUGGUGGAUCAAACUCUGCAAUUCCAGACGAUUUGAUGGAUCAGAAAACUGAACCAGUAAAACCAGAACCGAAAGAUGAAAAUACGGUCAAGGAAGAACCAAAAGUUAAGCAACCUGACCCUGCUUCAUUUCCACCAACAUCCAUCAUAACUGCUGAGGGUGUGAGAAAAUCUCUCCGAGAACGCCGAGCAUCUGCCAAGCUGCUCGAAAGUGGAGAAUCAACCAUCCCUCCCAAAAUAACAGUUUCAGUUCCUGGCACCAUUCCAGUUAAACCGAAUACCAUAACAGUGCUACCCUCGAUCGAAACUCUGGCAACAAAACCGCCUCCCGUAACUAGCACCUCCAGCAGCAGUAGCAGCUCAUCUCAAACUCCCUCCCAACAACGUAAACCACGUACCCCCAUCAGUGAUAUCCAUGGUACAAAUCCUAGCAACCGACGUGCUUCUCCGCCUGCCCUCAACAAAGUGGUCCCCACAUCACCUUUGAAGCAGAAGUUGAAGCAGUAUGUUUUGGAGAGGCAAGCCAGACAAGCGGCUAAUCGUACCCCUCCAAGGACGGUUCAGUCAGAGACGGCUGCACACAAAUCUCCAGGUGGCUCGGUAGGGAUUGAGAAUCCUCUUAUCCAGCGCAGGAUGAGUCAGUCUCCUAGUCCUACAAACUGGCAGCAGUUGAUUCAGUACGGCAGGAAUUCUCCUAAUUUCAUUGCCAGUUUGUCGCCUCGGUCACGUGAUGCAUUAUUUAACAUACAGAAUAAAGAUCCGAGGAUGUCUCCGUAUUGUAGAACAUCGCCUGUACCAGCUGAUCUUACAACCAAAAAAGAAGCUGUGUCACCAAAACCUGCUAGCUCGAAAUCUCCUAGACCUAAUACCAAAUCCCCAAAAUCUUCCACUUCAUCAACAGAAGAUCCACCCAUCCCAACUACUUCCGUUCAGAAAUCAUCAAUCUCCAACCCUCCGCUGUUUGUCGAACCUAAGACUUACAUCAAAGAGGAACCAAUUGAAGCGCCCCCGCCCAAAACAAACGUUCCGGUGCAAGCGAUACAGCCACCAUUGGAACAUAGUCGACCAUCAUCUAAAUCAAACGAUCAUACUUCUUUGACUUCAUCAAAGUCUGUACCGUUGCAAAUCAAGCUACAGUCGGGGAGCACAGAGGUUCCGAGGCUUUCCAAAUCAGUACCUACUACUCCAGACGGUGGAUAUAACACCCGGAAAAUCAAGGUUCAAACUUUCGCUUUGUUGGGGAAAAAUCCCAAAUCAAAGAGAAGCUCAGAGAACCUCAAGAAUUCACCUCGUCACACGCCAAGUAUGAAGGCUCCUCAAGCUGAUCCUCCAAAACCACCCCAACUUCAACCACCUCGACCACCUCAACCACCCAAAUCUCUCGACCUCAAGGACAAAACUCCCGAAAAAGUUGUCCCUAAAACGGAAAACUUGGAGAACCCCUUCGAACCGGUCUUCACCUCAGCCUCAGCAGAAAUCAUCUCUCCAUUCAAGGACGUAACAUCUCGUCACCUCAGUAUCCCCACCUCAUUCGACAUUAACUUUGACGAGGCUGAUCUGUUCAACAUGGAGGUAGACGAGACGGAGACAAAGGUGGAGCAGAAUGUGAGCCUGGAGGAUCAGGAGCAGGUUACCAGACCCCCCAUGCAGGCGGACAGUGAUCUUACUACUCCGCUCGUCGGGGAGCUCAGUUUAGAGGGAAAGGGAAAAGAUUGUUUGAAAGAUAUCGUUGGACUCGACUCUCCGUUUGUUUCAGAUAAGCGGCGAGGUAAGAUAGGAAGACCCAGAUCUAAGUCCACUAUAUCUCCCGAGGGUGACGAACGACGGAAAUCUGGCGAUUCGGACGAUCGGAAGAAGAUAAUAGAGCCCCGGCUGCUGUUAGCGAGGUCUGUUAUAUCAGAGACGCGCGCAUCUAAGCGUGCACGAAGCUCCAGCGAACCUUUCAGUGCAGCUAAUAUUGACGACGAUCACCGCAGUCGAAAACAGUACUACUAUUACGGAGAACCUAAAGCCACUAAAGCGAUAGAACCGCUGGAUGACCACUUGGAGUUCAAAUGCAACAUUUGUAAGAAGGGAUUUCCAAAACAAAGCCGUUUAGAAACUCAUCUAAAACACUAUCACGAGGGCAAAGAAAAUGUAGCUGACGAGGAAUCAGAUGAAAGGGAGGACAUCAAGAUAACAGUUCGCUGCACCUGUGACUCCCCACAUGAAGACAGACUAAUGAUACAGUGUGACGAGUGUUCUCAGUGGCUCCACGCUAUCUGUAUUGGUGUCAACAACUCUAACAUUCCCAGCCAAUAUAUCUGCCCGUACUGCUACGCUAUCGUCAAACAACUACACGAUUGGUAUGAGGAUGGCAAUUUACCAAGAAUGAUCCCGAACGAUAGCGAGAAGCCAAAUGAGCCCAUGUUACAACUGCACGAUAUGACGGAUCAAUACCAUAAAGUAUCGAAAGGAAUAACUGCUACACGGCUAAAACUUGAUGCGCUCGAAAGGAGCGAAGCAAGACGCCUCCAAGACAAGAAGGAUGGAGUGUGGCCCACUAAUGGAAGGAAGAUGGAAGGCACGCUCGUGGUUAUCCCUGGAGGAGGCUCUGUUCUUCUUCCUAAUUCGACCCAGUCUAAUACUGGAGAUCCUAAAACGAGCAAUGCUUCGUUAGUAUAUGUUCUGUCGCCUGGCACAGCUAAAACAUCCACUACCACCACAAUCGGGGGUAAAACAGUGUACACGGUAUCCAGGCCCCCACUAGUAAUGUCCCUAGCACAGCUCCGACAACAGAACCCUAACUUCAGGCCGGCUGCCAUGAGAGGACAGCUCAGGCCACUCUCCAUACGACCUUCCUUCAGAGGAGUUCAGACAAGUUCACCUGGCAGUUCUCAUAGACAAGGUGUGCCACAUGUUGUCCGAGGAACGACUCUCCGAGGUAAUCCUCGUGCUGCGAGUGCCCGCUACGCGUCACCCCGCGGAACACUCACUCCACCACGAGCUUCUGGUCCCCGCUCAGCUAGCUCUCUUGCUAUAUACCCUCCGGCUCGUAUGCCUCAUUCUCCUGCCACAAGACAACCUAACGCUGGAAUACGGCCAUCUGGAAUAAACUCUCUAGGAAGUCCCCGUAUGAGCCACCCUAGAUUACCCGGUAGUAACACUACCGUCACCAGAGCCAGGAUGCCUGGCGUGCGCCCUGCUCCUCCCUCCAUCGAUAGUGCUAACUUGGCUCCAAGGCCUGGCCAGAUUCGACAGCGAAGCACCACAUCACCCAGAGUCCAAACUCCCUUACCGCGACCCUCCCCUCAACCGGGCAGCAGUCCUCGACACCACACCAAGUCUGAGCCUGCCACGCCGACGUACUUGUCGAACAGCCGGUCCUCCUCGCCCCAUCUCCCUGGUAACAGACUUACUUCCCGCUCACGUCCUGUCAGUCCUCGUCUUCAGAGAGCCGACAUCUCGCAACUCCUCGCCGCUGCUAAUAACCCUAUAUCAUCCCUCGCUGCUAAACAGUUUCAGGACAGUUUAGCACAAGAGAUAGCUGAUAGUCAAGACUUAUUAGAAGCUCACAUCAGCGCCCUGGAGAAACAGCUGGACGAGUUCGAAAGGUGCAGCGAAAAGUUGGACCCUACCCUACAACUCGGUCACGUGUUAUACGACCUGGAACAGCUUAAAAUCUUUACUCAGACCGUUUGAACUUUAAACUGUUCUGUUUUAUCAAAUUAAAUUCUAUUUCUUAAUUAAUCAUGCUGGUAUUUAUCUACAUCGGAUACGGAAUAAUAUAGAACUUAUUUUAUGUAACUUAUAAACUUGUUUUAGUUUACUUCAUUUGUUGACUUGAUUUUAACACUUUGAUACGCUGUAUUCAUGCAUCAUAUGUUUAUGAUCACUUCGUGAUUUUCAUCAAAACUUCAGCAUUCAUCGAAGAUUCUGGAAUUUUUUAGUGUAUUGUUGAUAAGUUAUCACCUAAGCUAGUAUGCCUCGCUGUUUUUCAGAAUUCAUUUAUGAUUUAAAUAGUUUCCAUUUUCCUUUACCGAAUAUUCUGGAAUUUAUCUGGUAGUAAAUUAAAUACCUAGCAUACUUCUGAUGGGCACGAGUCUGCCAAUUCAUUGACAUUCCCUUAAACUUUUAGAUCUGAAGUCUGAAACUUUUGCAAUGUUAUGCGACAUAUAAUGUUUUCUAUAAUUGUUAAUGAUAACUGAACAAUGAAUUUGAAAAUCUAAA